UGUGCGUCCUCGCUGCUCCACCUUCACCUCUUCAUCCCACAAACCGCGGGCACGUUUCAGUCUGACUGGAACCUUGAACCUCUCUCUCUCUCCCCAUCAGGCUCUUAACGCAGUUUUCAGCUCGCUCGUGUCUUUUGUUUGAUCCCCCCCCCCCCCCCCUUGCUGAAUCCUUUUGAGUUGACUGGUACCAGGAGGAGGGGAAGAAGGAGGAGGAGGAAGAGGAAAAAGCGCCUUGCAGGAGGAAAAGAGGAGAAUAAUGCAAGAUUGCACCGCGGACUCCUGCACUGAUUUCUCCCCGAUUUCAAAGUAAACCCUUCAAACGCUUUUGUUCCGUCCUCCCUCGAUGCGCGGCGCGUAGAGGAGGAGAGGCACGCCGGAGCAGCCGAGGGACAAGGGGGCUGCAGCCUCACGAGCCAGCCGAGGGACCAUCACCACAGACCCGGGAGCGUCCUCGACUCACAGGGGCUCUCACCCGGACACCCGGAGAGGAAACAUGUCCACGAAAUUCAAGAAGGAUAAGGAGAUCAUAGCGGACUAUGAGACCCAAGUGAAAGAGAUCCGUAACCAGCUGGUGGAGCAGUUCAAAUGCUUGGAGCAGCAGUCGGAUUCUCGCAUCCAGCUGCUGCAGGACCUGCAGGAGUUCUUCCGCCGCAAAUCUGAGAUCGAGCUGGAAUACUCCCGCAGCUUAGAGAAGCUGGCCGAGAGGUUCUCCUCCAAGAUCCGCAGCUCCAGGGAACAUCAACAGUUCAAAAAAGACCAGCACCUACUGUCCUCAGUAAACUGCUGGUACCUGGUGCUAAACCAGACGAGGCGUGACAGCCGGGACCAUGCCACCCUCAGCGAGAUCUACACCAACAAUGUCAUUGUCCGCUUGGCCCAGAUCUGCGAGGAUGUCAUCCGCCUGUUCAAGAAGAGCAAGGACAUUGGGAUCCAGAUGCACGAGGAGCUGGUGAAAGUGACAAAUGAACUCUACACUGUGAUGAAGACAUACCACAUGUAUCACACCGAGAGCAUCAGUGCAGAGAGUAAGCUGAAGGACGCAGAGAAGCAGGAGGAGAAGCAGUUCAGCAAGUCGGGAGAUCUCAACGUGAACCUCCUGCGUCACGAGGACCGCCAGCCGAGACGCAGCACCGUCAGGAAGAUUGAGAAGAUGAAAGAGAAGAGGCAAGCCAAGUACUCCGAGAACAAGCUGAAAUGCACAAAAGCCCGGAAUGACUAUUUGUUGAACCUGGCAGCGACAAAUGCAGUCGUGGCGAAAUAUUACAUCCAUGACGUCUCCGAUAUGAUUGAUUGCUGUGACCUCGGCUACCACGCCAGCUUGGCACGCACCUUCAGGACAUAUUUAUCUGCCGAGUACAACUUGGAGACCUCCCGUCACGAGGGACUGGACAUCAUUGAGAAUGCAGUGGAGAACCUGGACUCUCGCAGUGACAAGCACAAGAUCAUGGAUAUGCAUAACCAGGUGUUCUGUCCCCCGAUGCGCUUUGAAUACCUGCCACACAUGGGAGAUGAGGUAUGCCAGGUGAGUGCCCAGCAGCCUGUCCAGACUGAACUCCUGAUGCGCUACCACCAACUGCAGUCUCGCUUAUCCACGCUGAAGAUUGAGAAUGAGGAGGUGAGGAAGACCUUGGAUGCUACCAUGCAGACGAUGCAGGACAUGCUGACGGUGGAGGACUUUGAUGUGUCGGACGCCUUCCAACACAGCCGCUCCACUGAAUCCAUCAAGUCCGUGGCGUCCGAGUCCUACAUGAGCAAGAUGAACGUCGCCAAGAGGAGGUCGAACCAGCAGGAGACUGAGAUGUUCUACUUUUCGAAAUUCAAGGAGUUCCUGAACGGCAGUAACCUCAUCAUUAAGCUGCAGGCCAAGCAUGACUUACUGAAGCAGACACUGGGUGAAGGGGAACGGGCCGAGUGUGGGACUACACGGCCCCCCACCCUUCCCCCUAAACCACAAAAAAUGCGGAAGCCUAGGCCACGCUCUCUGUAUAACCAUAAGCUGUUUAACGGCAAUAUGGAGACCUUCAUCAAGGAUUCAGGUCAACCUAUUCCACUGGUUGUUGAGAGCUGUGUCCGAUACAUCAAUUUAUACGGCUUGCAGCAGCAGGGAAUAUUCCGUGUGCCGGGAUCACAGGUGGAGGUCAAUGAUAUUAAAAACUCAUUUGAGAGAGGUGAAGAUCCCUUGGUCGACGACCAGAAUGAGCACGAUAUUAACUCAGCGGCAGGCGUGCUGAAGCUGUACUUCCGGGGGCUGGAGAACCCGAUCUUCCCAAAGGAGCGCUUCCUGGACUUCAUCUCGACCAUCAAGCUGGAGUCCGGAGCCGAGCGAGCGCACCACAUCCAGCAGAUCGUUGUGACUCUUCCUCGCACCAUCAUCAUCGUCAUGAGAUAUCUGUUCGCUUUUCUCAAUCAUGUCUCCCAGUACAGUGACGAGAACAUGAUGGAUGAAUACAACCUGGCUAUCUGCUUUGGUCCAACUCUGAUGCCCAUCCCAGAUGGGCAGGAUCCUGUAGCCUGCCAGGCACAUGUGAACGAGGUCAUCAAGACCAUCAUCACCCAUAAUGAACUCAUCUUUCCCAGUCUCCGUGAGCUGGACGGUCCGGUGUAUGAGAAGUGCAUGUCCGGGGGGGAGGAGUACUGUGACAGCCCUCACAGCGAACCAGGGACUAUCGACGAGGCUGAUAAUGGAACCGAACCACACACCAGCGAUGAAGAGGUUGAACAGAUUGAAGCCAUUGCCAAGUUUGACUAUGUGGGCCGCAGUCCCAGGGAGCUGUCCUUCAAGAAGGGAGCCUCCCUUCUCCUGUAUCACAGAGCCUCUGAAGACUGGUGGGAGGGUCGUCAUAAUGGUGUCGAUGGUCUCAUCCCACAUCAGUACAUUGUCGUACAAGACCUUGAUGAUGCUUUCUCAGACAACCUCAGCCAGAAAGCAGAUAGUGAAGCGAGCAGUGGACCCUUACUGGACGACAAGAGCUCAUCUAAAAAUGAGGUCCCAUCGCCAUGUGAACAAUCACCUGACUACAACUUCGGAGGAGUCAUGGGGAGGGUUAGGUUACGGUCCGAUGGAGCUGCAGUCCCGCGUCACCGGAGCGGAGCAGAAACCCACAGUCCCACCAGAGUGACUGACACUCCACCGCGAGCUGCAGCCUGCCCCAGCAGCCCCCACAAGGUGUCUAUGAGCAAGAGUCGUAUGGAGAGCCCAGAAAAGAGGCGCCUCGGAACCUUUGGCAGCGUGGGCAGCAUCAACUACACGGACAGGAAGGCUUAUCCUGAGGGCCACCCGCUGAGACCAGGGCCAGGGGCCACUCGUCACAGCAGCCUCGGGGACCACAAAUCGCUGGAGGCCGAGGCUCUUGCUGAGGACAUAGAGAAGACUAUGACUACAGCGCUCCAUGAGCUACGUGAGCUGGAGCGACAGAACACGGUGAAACAGGCCCCGGACGUGGUCUUGGACACCCUGGAGCCCAUGAAGAACCCGGUCAGCUCGGAGCCCGGCAGUCCGCUGCACACGAUCAUGAUCCGCGAUCCGGACGCGGCCAUGCGGCGCAGCAGCAGCUCCACCUCUGAGAUGAUGACCACCUUCAAACCGUCCCUGUCCGCCCGCCUGGCCGGGGCUCAGCUCCGCCCGCCUCCCAUGAGACCCUUGCGUCCUCCCCCGACGCAGCACCGCUCGAGCAGCUCCAGCUCUUCGGGAGUCGGCAGCCCCGCCGUAACUCCCACUGAGAAAAUGUUUCCAAGUAACAAUUCAGCUGCCGGUUCUAACAUGAACCUGUCCGGGGACGCUGGGGAUAAAUCAGGUACCAUGUAGCGAAGGUGGAAUCUGGCGGGAAGGUUGCACAGCUUUCCAACCAAGGGAGCUCAUGGAAGUCAGUGCUGAUAUGGGAAAUGCAGAUAAAGAUAUUUCCCGCUCAGUUUUCCGCCUGACAUAAUUCAUUUAUUCAGGAAGCUCCUGAAGCAAGCCUGCAAGAUGUUACCAGGGUGAUGAAGCGGUUGAAGAAACUGCCGAGGUGUGAUGGCGUGAAGCUCAGCUCUCUGUGAAACUUGAUUUAACUCCAGUAAAUGCGUAUAGGAAACCGGGUGUUUCAGUUUUACCUCAAUCCCAACGAAAGUCUGUGGCCGUGUUCUCGUUUCAGAGAUACAUUGAAUGCAAGUGAAAGAAAUACUUGUGUUAAAUUUGGUAUCAGUUUCUACUCAGCACCACUGUCCAGCAGAUGUUUGUGUCCACAUUCAGGCUAAAACUCCAUGUCUAUUUAUCACUGAGGUCCAUAGGCCUUAAGUCUGUACAUACAAACGUACUUGAAUCUGCCAUGAUAUCUGUUUGUACUAUACUUCAGUGGAUGUGCAACAACACAGUGACAUUAUAUACGUCUGCAUGCAGGGUUUGAAGAAAAUAAGGGAAACUCGAGGAGACGUGCAUCACUGAGAGGAGAGUUCUUUUAUGUGGCCGUAGUAGGAAUGAAAUAUUAGUUUGAAACCUAACAUUAGGGUUGAAGACCUCUCAACGGUAUCUUGCUUGAUUUCAGCUCCAGCCCCCCCGCAACCCUUAAAAAACUAGCGGUAUCGGUCAUAGAUGGAUGGAUGGAACCUUAUUCUCAAUUGUUAAAAAUAUACCAGAUGUUCAAAUGCAUGGCAAAGUGAAUUCCUCUUUCCCCUGGUGGUCAAAAAACCCACUAUAGCACCUGUUAAUAUCUGGUUUUGUCUGCAAUGGGAAAAAACAGGAAGACAAGCUCCUGUAUUGGCAACCAGUGGAUUUAACUGUGUUUUAAAAAGUAUAUAUAUAUAUGCAUACACCUCCUUAUUUUGGUGUAAAAGGGUUCUAAUACUUCAGGGCCUUACAGUGUUAUUCUUAUCCUGUUCAUUGCUACAGAUACAAGCAUCUCAAUUCUCAGACCUUACUAAUCCGAAUCUUCACAAAGUAAGAUGUCACAUGACGUUUCUGCUUUCAUGUUUUAUUUCUACGUCCUGUUUAUGAAAUGCAGAAAACUAAUGCAUCAACUAAAGUAUGAUUUCAUGUGGUAAACUUGUACAUAAUAUAGAGCUAGUACUUUUUUAAGUGUUAAACUGUACAGGCCAAGACAAAAAAAAAAAAGGCAAAGGGUUGAUGUGAAUGGCACUUGUAAAAAAAAUAAAAUAUUCACCUUAUUAUCAUCUCCAGGAAACUACAGACACAUUCUUUGUCUGUGUGAUAUAUAGUUCAAAUCAUCUACCUUGUGCUGUGGGCGUAGAGUGCGUUUGGUAAUUGUACCGUAGAGAAACUUGAUUGCUGUUAAACUGACCACAAAGGUUGAAUAAAUGCCCCCUCCCUUUUCACACAGUGGAUCCAGUAGACCCGUUCCCUUCUUCAGACUCAUUUGGGCGAUUAUGUUAUUGCGUGAGAGUCGUUACAGUAAAACCACAGUUCCCUCUUUCAAACUGAAGAUGCAGCGCUCCCCAAGAGGGAAGCGAGAGUCCAUGUUGUGACGUUCUCUUAUCAAAUCUGUUCCCCCCCCCCCUCUUUCCUGCCUUCUCCUUAGCUCCCUUGAUGGAUGCAGUUACGCUCUGACUGUCGUCUUGUUGGAAGGGAAAAACUAAACAAGAGCAUUUGGGUGUUUGUUUCCACCGCAGCUCUCGUCAGCCUGACAGCUCCAGUCCAGAGACCUUGUUAUCUGCAUCCCAGGCAGCCUGCUCUGUUCUGCAUGCCCUGCGCCGUAAUGCCUGACUCAUUAUGCUGCAGUUAAAACACAGGCUGUAUGUGGUGCCUUGCCUUGGUAAAAAAAAAAAAAAAAAGAAAGAAGAGAAAUGCACAAAAUAAUUUUAGUAUUGGACUUUUUUUUAAAGCAACAGGCCUUAACAUUUCUCAGGGCUGGAAAUGAUUAAUAAAGCCGCUUGUAGCAGUUGGUGAAGUAGUAAUGGAGGAGAACUAACCCUGCUUGACUGAACAAAAGGAAUCUUAGAUAUUAGCAUGUAAACCAGGCGCUGAUUCCACUGUGAACUCUGCAGGCGUUCAGUGCAAGCUGCAGUGUCGCUGAGGCACAGGCUGCAAACUGAAAAUAUUUGCUUGUGUUAGUUGCUUUUAUUUGCCUCGGGCAGAAAUAUCCAGGUUGGGAGGAUUGUUGAUCACAGACAGAGAGGAAAAGGCAAUCGAGUAUUUAAAGUCUCACAGCGCAGCCACGCCCUCUGCUGGCUCCUUUCGGUUCCUUCUCUUGAUGAAGCAGUGUGACCUGGAGCCGAUAUUACAAACGACUGGUUCAUCAAAGUAGCUCAGUUUGUUUCUGUCCUGGUUACAGUUUUUGCACCUCUGGGAAAAUCUCUGAAUAUAUAAAAAAUGAUAUGUUUAUUUAAAUAUGAAGAAAGCACACGAUUUCAUGAAUGAAAUGAACAUCAUUGUACUUAACUAGACUGUUUCUUUUUUAUUUAUAGAGCAGCGGAGGAAGUGGAGCAGGAAAUUUGAGUGCCUUUUGUGCACAGCAUCAGUUUUUAUUGGACUUUUAUACUUUCUUUUUCUUUAAACUAUAAUAAAUGUUGUCUAUUAGUUUGUCAUGUUGAUAAUGAACUGAUGUUGCUAUUUCUUUUUUUUUGUAUCAUUGCUUUGUAUAGCAAAUAUCUCGUCAAACCCCCACAAAGAGUGCGUUGUGUAAAGAAAUGCGUCUUGUGAGUUUUACACAACAACAGUUUCCAUGAACUGCUCGUGUUGUGUUUGGGUGAAACCCUGGAGAACAGGAGCUGUAAAAACUACUGUGCACUCACACCUACUGGGAACGCUCAGUGGAAUCAUCUCAGAAUCCUUUUUUUUUUUGUUUUCCCUGUGAACUGCCUGUGCUGUGGUUGAGCCGUAACUCUUUGUCAUUGAUAUCCUUCCCCUCCAACGAAAAAAAAAAAAAUCAUUGCCGUGUAUAUUGUUGGCAACAGCCGGACUGAUGUGGAUCCUCGACAUGUGCGGAGGAUGUAAAGCACUUGGUGCGCUCAUGGUUUCCCCGACAUGUGACGUUACACAGACCUUUUUUUCUUUCCUGGAAUGUAUGCUGGGUAACACUGUUGGUCUGCGGCCAUGGUAAGACUUCAGGUUGAUAUUGAAAAAAAAAAGAAAAAAAAAAGAAGAUGGCAGAGAGAGAGGAGACUGAGGCCCGUCAUGUGGUGGAGGGGUCAGAGUGAGUCACUGUCCCACUGUUUCCCUUCUCUUUACCUGUUUGUCUAGUGAUUCUGUUUGUUGAUGGGUGUCUGGUUGGUUGAAACCCUGUGAUGUAAUGUACACCAUACCACUGACUGGACGUUGAUCUCCCCCCUGCAUCCAAAUUAAAACAUUAUUGCUCUGUGA